CGGACAUCCUGCGGUCACACUAUUUGAGUGCGAGAUUUCAUAAUUCCCAAGUCGGCGAGGAAAACACGAAUAAAUCCCCAUUUAUCAGCGUUUAUAAUGUCGGCAUCGGAGCAGGGACCUAAUAUCAAGUACGGGGAAAACGCUCCGAAGCUGGACAAGGCGCAGCUGCAGUUUAUGAAACUGAUUGAAGAGCAAAACCUGGACCGCGUGCAAAAGCUGAAACGCAUCCGCCGCAACAAUCUACUGACCGCCGGCGCAUUGGGAGUCUCCGUUUUGGCCAUCUACGGCUAUUCGAUCUUCUCGGUGCAGCAGGAGAAGUUCCUGGACGACUUCGAGGAGCCCAAGAAGGUGUCAUCUUAG